CGAAAGCAGCAGCAGCAGACUGCGACGACAAGAAGCAGACAGCCAGCAAGCGCCAUGAGUGCAACAGGCUUCAAGGCGAUCCAGCCAAUCCCCAAUGUGGGCGACUUUCUCGACAUUGUCCUGUCCCGCACACAGCGCAAGACACCCACAGUCAUUCGAUCAGGCUUCAAGAUCUCUCGCAUCCGAGAUUUCUAUGCGCGCAAGAUCAAGUUCACACAAGACACCUUUUCAGAGAAGUUGACGAGCAUUCUUGAUGAGUUCCCAAAGUUGAACGAUAUUCAUCCAUUUCAUCAGGAUCUCCUCAACGUCCUCUACGACAGGGAUCAUCUCAAAAUCGCCCUGUCGCAGCUCUCGACUGCAAAGCACUUGAUUGAGCAAGUGGCGCGCGACUAUGUUAGGCUCAUCAAGUAUGGUGACUCCCUCUACCGCUGCAAACAACUCAAGCGCGCCGCUCUCGGUCGUAUGGCUACCAUCUUGCGUGGUCGUGCCAAGGAUUCUCUCGUGUACCUCGAGCAAGUCCGUCAGCAUCUUGGUCGUCUUCCCGCUAUUGAUACGAAUACACGCACCCUCAUCCUGUGUGGCUACCCAAACGUGGGUAAAUCCUCCUUCAUCAAUAAAAUCACCCGCGCAGAUGUCGAUGUCCAGCCAUAUGCCUUCACGACCAAGAGUCUGUUUGUUGGUCACAUGGACUACAAGUACCUGCGCUGGCAAGUCAUUGACACACCUGGUAUUUUGGACCAUCCACUCGAAGAGAUGAAUACGAUUGAAAUGCAGAGUAUCACGGCGCUUGCCCAUUUACGCGCUUGCAUCCUCUAUUUCAUGGACUUGUCUGAACAAUGCGGUUACUCUGUUGCUGCACAGAUUCAGCUCUUCAAUAGCAUCAAGCCCUUGUUUGCCAAUAAGCCAGUCUUAUUGGUAGUCAACAAGAUUGAUGUCAUGAGGCCUGAGGAUCUUGAUGCGGCGAAUGCAGCACUCCUUCAGGGUGUUUUGGAUACAGGUGUCCAGAUGGUGACAUCUUCGUGCUUCAAUGACCAAGGUAUCAUGGACGUACGUGCCGCUGCUUGCGAUAAGCUGCUUGCUGCUCGUGUUGAGAGUAAGUUGAAGGGUUCCAAGAUCAAUGAUGUCUUGAACAGGAUCCAUCUGAGUACACCACAAGCGAGAGACGAUACACCACGAUUGCCACAUAUCCCCACUGGAGCAUCGAUUACGCAGCGAUACGAUUGGCAAGAUCCUGAUCGUCGCAAGCUGGAGCGUGAUAUCGAAGCAGAGCACGGCGGUGCUGGUCUCUACAAUAUUGAUCUCAAGAAGAAGUGGGAUCUGGAGAAUGAUGCAUGGAAGGCGGAUAUCAUGCCGGAAUUGUUGGAUGGCAAGAAUAUUCAUGAUUACAUUGACCCUGACAUUGCCUCGAAGUUGCAGGCUCUUGAGGAGGAAGAGGAGAGGCUUGAGGAGGAAGGCUUCUACAAUUCACAAGAUGAGAUGGAGGAUGAGGGGGAUACGGCUAUCCUUGCUAAAGCUGCUCUGAUUCGAGAGAAGAAUCUACGACUCAAGCGACUCGCCAGGUCCAAGAAGAUCCUCAAGAACCGACCUCAACUACCUCGUACGGCUGGUCUACAAAAGUUCUCUGAUAUGAAGACCUCCAUGCAAGCCAACAAACUCGAUACAACAGCCAUUGAGACACGCGCACGCAGUCGUCGUCCAGAAGCAUCUCGCGAACGUGGCCAAGAUGUCGUGUUGCGUGCACAAUCCAGUUCACGCGCACCGUCACAACUGCCGAAACGUGAUCGCAGUGAAGGCGGUCUCUCCACGGUGGGUGAACGGACGCGUGCUGAAAAGGUACAGCGCUUGCAACAGCGUGAACGGAAUCGCAUGGCUCGUGCGAGUGAGUCUGAUCGUCACAUUGCAGACACGAAACCCAAACACUUGUUUGCUGGUAAGAGUGGCAUUGGGUCUGCGAGGUCUCGUUGAGUGUACGCUGCCUGUGUGUUUUAGCUAUUUGUGACUUGCGUAGAUUGCAUUUUGACGUCAUUUGGGCGACGACGAGACAGAAGCGACCAGAGCAGAGCAGCAGCUGGGGAGGGAAGCCCGAGAGAGAGGGUAAGCGAGGGAGGUG